GACAAAGAAUUGCUGCAGCAGGAAGUGUCUCUGUUCAGGGGUUGCUAAAAUCUAGCAGCUGAGAGACUGGGAACUGUGUGGAGAAGACGAUGAUCUCAAUGGUUUUGGACAGUGAGAGAUGACACUCAACCAGGAUUCCUGCUCCUGAUUGACCUCCAUAGAUUCUGAUGCCUGACCCUAACUCUGUAAAGUGAAUGGAUUUUAACGUCAGGUUGUAAGGUGUGGAAUUGAACAUUCCGACUUGAAUAAUGCUCUUUGUCAGGACUCAGCUGAGAAUAGGCUGAAGCCCCUCUGCUGGACCGGAUUUUCAAUUAUUUAGACAGACCUUCACCAAAAGCAGCUUUCAGAUGUACAGACUGGAAGAACACUGAAGAUCCUGUAAAGAAGGCCAAGAGUGAUCACUCUUACCACGAUGGACAACAAGGCUCACUGUCUCUUUGACAAGUUCCUACAAGGGAAGACAUGCGGAGAGACGCUGAGCCUGUUUUCCGAGCUCUGCCACCUCCUGCAGCUGGACCCUGCCGACUAUUGCAACUUCUACCACAAGCUAAAAGGCAGCCUCAACUAUUGGAAAGCCAAAGCCCUGUGGGUUAAGCUCGAUAAACGAGCGUCGCAUAAAACUUAUGAACAAGGCCAGGCUUGUGCUGCUACAAAGUCUCUGGUUCUAGGAGCUGGUCCCUGUGGCCUCCGCACUGCCAUUGAGCUUGCGUUUCUUGGCGCCAAAGUGAUUGUUGUGGAGAAGAGAGAGAAUUUCUCACGGAACAAUGUUCUCCACCUGUGGCCGUUCACCAUCCAUGAUCUGCGAGCUCUCGGAGCCAAGAAAUUCUAUGGAAAAUUCUGUUCUGGUUCACUGAACCAUAUUAGCAUCCGGCAACUGCAGCUAAUUCUGCUGAAGGUGGCCCUCAUCCUGGGUGUGGAAGUCCAUGUAAAUGUGGAAUAUAAAGGAUUCAUUGAGCCUCCAAAGGAUCAGAAGAAGAAAGGGAUCGGAUGGCGAGCUGAUCUUCUCCCAGUUGGUCACCCAGUGUCCAAGUAUGAGUUUGACGUGUUUGUCUCUGCUGGUGGAGGCAAAUACGUCCCUAAAGGAUUCAAGAAGAAGGAAAUGAGAGGAAAACUGGCAAUUGGCAUCACGGCCAAUUUCGUUAACCGCAACACCACAGAGGAGGCCAAAGUUGAAGAAAUCAGCGGAGUCGCUUAUCUCUACAACCAGAAAUUCUUCCAACAGCUUCAUAGGGAUACAGGCAUUGACUUGGAAAACAUCGUUUACUACAAGGGUGACACUCACUAUUUUGUGAUGACUGCAAGAAAACAGAGUCUGCUGAAAUUUGGCGUCAUUGAACAGGACAGGCAAGAUGCAGAUUCCUUGCUAUCCAUGCAGAAUGUCAGUUAUGAAUCUCUUCUACGUUAUGCUCGCGAGGCUGCGAAUUUCUCCACAAAGUACCAACUUCCAAAUCUGGAAUUUGCCAAGAAUCACCGUGGAGAGCCGGACGUGGCCAUGUUUGAUUUCACCUGCAUGUACAGGUCGGAGAAUGCUGCACUGGUGAAGGAGCGGCAUGGGUACCGGUUGCUGGUUGCUCUGGUGGGAGAUUGCCUAGUGGAGCCCUUCUGGCCAUUAGGGACUGGAAUUGCCCGUGGAUUCCUUGCGGCAUUUGAUGCUGCAUGGUUAGUGCGUAAGUGGAGUAUGGGGAUCACACCUCUGGAGCUACUGGCUGAGAGGGAGAGCAUUUAUCAGCUGUUGUCUCAGACUACGCCUGAAAACACAAACAAAAACAUUAGUCAGUACAGUAUUGACCCACUCACCCGAUAUCCCAACCUCAACCUCAGUUACUUGAAACCUAACCAGGUGCAGCACUUGUAUGAUGUAGGAGGAACCAUAGCUACAGAGAAGGACGCCAGCCAGACAAAGGGGAAAAUGCUACGAAAUGAUUCUGUUGUAGGAUAUGAAGAGCUCCUGAGUUGGUGCAAACAGCAUACAGAAGGCUACAAGAAUGUAAAGGUGGUCGACCUGACAACAUCCUGGAAGAGUGGCCUGGCCUUGUGUGCGCUUAUCCACCAUUUUCGCCCAGGCCUUAUUAACUUUGAGAGUUUGAAAGAAGAAUCUGCUGCUGAAAACAAUCAACAGGCCUUCAACAUCGCAGAAAAGGAAUUUGGAAUCUCACCAAUCAUGACUGGAAGAGAAAUGGCAGAUUCCACCAGCCCUGAUAAGCUCAGUAUGUUCAUGUACUUGACUCAGUUCAACGAGUUCUUCAAGGAUUUAUCUCCUGAGCUCCAAGACAACAAUAGAAGGAAGAUAAUGACCAUGUCAUCAGCCAAGUCGGCUCUCUUGUUCCUCAGUACUCUCCGGAAAAACGUGGCCAACAAACGACGCUCACUGUCAGAAGCUGAGCAAGAACCAUUGCUGAAGAAAGACCCCGAUGACGCUAUUGCUGACCAAUUGUCAGCACGUUCUCAGUGGAACAGUGACAGCAUCAACUCACACGCAGAACAGCCACAGGAAAAGGUCGAGGAGGAAAUGGCUGAUGUUAAAAGACAGGGCUCCUUCAGACAGGCAGCGGGCCCCAGCAGCAGUGAGGUGUGCUAUUUUUGUAAGAAGCGGGUCUACGUGGUGGAACGCGUCAGUGCCGAGAGCCAGUUCUUCCAUCGAGGCUGCUUUAUGUGUGACCUGUGUGGCACCACCUUGCGCCUCGGAAACUACGCGUUCAACAGAGGAGAUGGAAAGUUCUACUGCACUUUUCACUAUAAUGGAUUGUUUGGCAUGAAUCAGAAUAAAUGGGAAGACACAGCUCAAAACUCCAAAAACAAGGAAGUUUUGGGUGAAGGAAUGGAAAUGGACAGUGCUGUGGAAAUGAGAGAUGAUAUCCCAACCACAGACAAAGCUGCAGAACUCGAGCAUGAAGAUAUUGCAGAAGACCAGCUGGACAAUGAAAAUGAACGUGAGAGAGGCAGUAAUCAGUAUGAUGAGGAAAUAGAACUGACAGUAAAAUAUGAAAAUCAAGAUAUUGAUGGAGGUCUUCAAGAUGAGAAGGAAGAUAAAGAGCAAGGGGUGGAAAGCUCCAGCCACUGCAAUGAAGAAUCCGAAUUGACAGAUAAAGGUCCUUAUGAAUGUACAGAACAUAUCAGAGUGCCUGUCAUGGGGCAUCUUACAUCACCUGGCAGGAGCCCUCCAGAGGAUAUGGAUCAGUCUUCUGAAAAUCCACAGGCUUUUGUAUCUCAUACUAUGGUAGAGCAUCAGUGGCCCAACAAUGGGAUCUCCAUGACAUUUGGAUCUAGCACACAGCAGAGGCAGAGUUCAAUUACAGAUAAGAUCUCCAUACCAUCACUUGAGAUCACUGAGCCCCACACCACUGAAUGUUUAUCCUCACAUUCUACCAAAGUCUUACACCUGGGAGAUGUCAACAGGUCAACGGAUAUUGCUGAUUGCAAAGGAGCUUCCACAGAUGAAUAUCUGAGUUACAUGCCUUGUCCAGGGGUUAAAGAGAAUGUACAGGAUGUUGAAAGGGUAGCAGAGUCUAGUUGUCCUUCAAAGGAACUUGCUUCAACACAUCUUGAUGUUAUCUUAGCCAUAGACAAGGAGAAAGAUGAUUGCAACACCCUAAUGAAGAAAUUGAGUCUUUCACCAUCCCUAAAACACAAACUAGCCAGACUAAGUGUAACCUCAGAGUCUGAUUCAGAAGGUCAGGAGGAUGACAAACAGCCCAGUGUUCAGUAUGACACAAUGUCAUCUGGGGGUGCAAGGCUUCAUCCAGGAAAAGCAGCAACUUGCACUGGUGUAGAAUCUGGGGACUUGGACAAGGAAUGGGAAAUACUGGAUCAUCCCUCACCAGUCUUUAGCACAGGAAAGAACAGAAGUCUCAAAGAGGAAGACAAGAAUAAUCAGGUUUAUUGGAACACACCCUGUCCUGACUUGAAGGUCAGAUCUAGUCCAAAUGCAGGUCAACCCUUGCAUACCAAGAACAAAUCAGAAAUCACAAAGAAUAAAGCCACAGGGGAAUUAAGAGCCAGUGAAAAGCCAACUGAGAAAGAUUUGGCUUCGGAACCUCCAAAUAAAUCAAGAUUGAAGGUUUUUUCUUUCCCCAAACUGUUUCCUCGCAUAUCAAGAAGAGAGAAGAAAAAUAAAGGACAUGAAAACUCUACUCCUCAUCUGCCAAAGGCAGAGAUAUCAGCAAUCCAGGUAGCUCUUCCUCCUCAGAAGGAAGUAAAAUCCUGCAAUCCAAGUGAUGAUGAGCAAUCAGAUGAGGAUGAAGAGGAGUCCCUUAGUGAAGACGAGAUGAAAUCAAACACUGAGCCACCAAUCAAAACUAAACUAAGCCCGGAGGAAUUGGCUGCAAGGCGAGAAACAUGGCGACUCAGAACUUUUCAACGUCGUGCGAAACAGGAAGAAAUGGCGAGGUUUUUGAAAGCACAGAUGAUUCAGAGGCGGCUGGAGGAGAUUGAACAGCUGUUCCUUGACUUGGAGCAGAGAGGCAUUCACCUUGAGCAAGAAAUGCGCAAUAAUAAAGGUGAGCAGCAAGAGUUGAUGCAAUCCUGGAUCAUGUUGGUGCAAGACAAGAACCAACUCCUGAAUGAGGAGUCUGAGUUAAUGAUCCAUGGUCGUGAGCUGGAACUGGAGGAUCAGAAGAGCAGACUGGAGCAGGAUCUAAGGAGGUACAUGGAGAUGAAUGAGUCAAGGAAGACACCGAAUGAUUAUCUUGAAGAGGAGAGGAUUUUCAAGGAGAUGAUUGAGGUGGUCAAGAUGAGGGACAAACUGGUCACAUUCUUAGAGCAGCAGAGACUUCUGGAAGAAGAACAACAUGCGGUCGUAGUGCCUGGGGCUGCAGCCAGAGACCUCACCCCAGCUGCCUCCAUCACCUGGGCAUGAAGAUAGCACAUUCAUAUCAAGUGGUCCUAGUUUAUUCAGAUUGAAGAAAUACUCCCAACAGAAAAUCCUUAGGAGGCUUUAUCUUUAAGUAUUCAUGGAGAACAACUCCGCUUCUAUAUUUAUUAAAAAAAAUUAUACAAUAUUUCUAAGAACCUAAUUUUUGUAAUUUGCUAUUUUGAUUGAGGUCAUUAUCUUCUUCCUCUUGGAAUAUUGAGCAUCUGAGGACAUUUCGGGGCUCAGUCUUGGACCCUAGGCCUGUCUCUCUGUUGCAGUGCAGUAAAGGGUUGUCAGAACCCAAGCCUAAGAAGAUAGAGCCUGACCUGUAAACUUACCUCAAAUUUUUUUGUAUUUUAAAUAAAUUGCAAGUUGAUUUUGUUUUUCACCACACACAUUAAAAAGGGUUUGUUCUCAUACAUUCCAUUCAAGAUUUUCUCCACGUUUGAAAUUAAUUAUCUGACUGACAAAAAUUUGUUGAUAUGAAAGGGAGGUACAGUCUGUGCUAUCUCAGAACAGGCACUGCACAAGGCACAAUACCCAGGAAGAUGCUAAAUGAGCAACCACGGCCCUUGUCACCAGCAUAGCUAAGGCUGCACUAGGUAUCACCUUGGCCUCAAUGGAACUGGAGCUUUAUGCAACAACGCUCCCAGGCAUAAGCCAGCUUCUGCUCAUGAUGUCAAGUGCUUUUGUAAAAAAAAAUCUUAUAGUUUGGAUUCUAUAUCAACCGUGCAUUGAGAAUAAUGUAUGAUUGUUAAUUCUGUGCAUUGCAACUGCUGAAUAAAAAAGAAUUUUCCAA